CCCUGUUCUUUUUUGUUGAAUUCACUAUUUAAAAAAUUGGGCUCUUUAUUGGGGAAGCAUUUUCUGGAAGCUUUCUUUUGUGUUAGUGCGUGAUACUUGCUGUCCCUAUGUUUCCCCUCUUUGUCUUGCUCCAUGCCACGCUCCCAGCUCUGCCUCAGAUAGCAUUCCUCUCUCACCAGCGAUAACAUCUGCUCUUGAUAAGAUGAAUGCCGAUGAAUCUGCAGAUGACACUGAAGGAUACUCCCAGCGGUUUCGGGAAGGAAAUUCUCGUUAUGAGGUCCUCAGGGGAAUCAACCUGCCGCCGAUUUCGUUUCCACUUUCGCAGUAUGUGGGAUGGGGACCACCUUUACCCCUGAUCGAAGAGACAGACGCCCUGAACAUCCUCCUGGGAGACUCUUCCACCAAGAAGGAAACCUACGGAGGUGACGAAUUUCUAUCUGUCGACCUCGACCAGUUCAGUGUGUAUCGUGAUUCGAAUUAUUUCGGUGGAGAUGAACUGACCUCUCUGCACGAGGUUGCUCUCAGACAAGGCAACACGAAGUUCUUCUUCGAUGGGAUCUUAAACCUCAAAGGAGAAAGGCGGAUGUUUCUAAGACGCGUACCAUUUGAAUACGUUUCCAUUGGUGGCUAUGAGAAGGUUGAGCAGCAUACAGUUGGGUCCGAUAUCUGGAUCCAGUCUGUUCACGGCAAAAGGAAAGGAGAUAUCUGGUACCAUCUUUCCGGGCCGUCCCCGGAAUACAGACCAUACUACGAGAUCUUUCUAUGGUUAACGGAUCUUGGCAAGCAUCUUCUGGACUUCCUGGCCGAGCAUGACACGGUUACCCUUAACGACUUCAAAAGUGGCUUUGCAGACUGGUUACAGCAAGUGCACAGUUCGGACACUUCCUUUCAGAACUGGUUUUGUCAAUUUGGAAAGCCUGACUUUAGGUCAGCUGUGAUUGCCUAUGGAGAGUAUCUCUUCAAACAAGCCGUGGACAUCGAUAGGAAAUACGAGAAUUCCAUAUUGUGGCAGGAGAUUGGCCUCACGGAGCCAAUUAUCAAAGAACAGUCUCAACGAGCGAAAGGGACUGUCGUUACUCCAUAUGUCUACCGCUGUUUUCAAAACAUGGAGUGGGGUGAACAAUUGCAGGUGUCGCAGCCAACACCAACCGUUCUUCUAAAACAGCAAGAACGCAUGCGGGAGCUUGGUUUCGAAUCAUCAAAGCCCGAUUUCAAGUUCAAGCCAUGCGGAGGCGGUCUCUACUCAGCUCCCGUACCGCACAAGGCAUUUGAAGUUCGCCCCGGCGAUGUUAUCUCUGUGGAGAGGGAUGAGCAGACUGUAUGGAAGACCAGUUCCAACGAUGAUCUUUGGUAUUCCUUUGUACAAGGUAUCAGGCAGCAUCAGAAUGGGACGAUCUGGCUUGAUGUCAUUUGGCUGUACCGACCCAGUGAUACUGUCUGUGCCAACAUGACAUACCCCCAUCUGAACGAGCUCUUCAUGUCCGACCACUGCAACUGCGGAGACCAUAAGAUCCGAAAUACCGAAGUCGUGGGGAAGGUCGAUGUAAGGUUUUUCUCGUCUGUGGCCAGAGAAGGGGCACCAUUCUUUGUGCGUCAGACCUAUCAUACGGAUGACGAGGUCUUUCUGACCUUGAAAGAGGAAGAUUUCUACUGUUCUCACCGAAAAAAAUAUUCGGGCUUGGGUGACAGCGGCCGAGAAACAUAUCAUCCUGGUGAUACUGUUUUGGUAGAUACUGGAAGCAAGCUGGAGCCGGUAGAAAUCAUCAGUUGUUCCGGCAAGAACUUGCGAGUGAGGGAGCUUCUGCAGAGAAAGGGAGGUGACCGAAACGAGCUGGUAUAUACUGACCGUACUCGAAGCAGUCACAUUGGUCAUGUCCAACGACGAUGUCAUGUCCGCUUCUACAGCGAAUAUGAGAGAAAUAAUGGCUUGAUCCCUCCUCCGUAUUGCCGUCAAGGAAAUGGAGAUGCCUUUUUCAUUAUCUGCCGUGAAGUGACGUCUCCAGAAGGCAUCAGCUCCUUACAGCCGCUCGAAAUCUCAUCUUUACCUGCCUCUCUCACGCAGGGUUUUGAUCCUAAGGCACCAGUCGUACAACUACGAGCUCUCAGCAUCUUCAGCGGUGGUGGCAGUUUCGACAGGGGCCUAGAAGAAGGCGGAGCUGUGAUGAACGAGUGGGCUGUCGAAUGGAGCAAGGAAGCCAUGCUCACAUAUCGUGCCAACUUGAGACACCCAGGGGCCAAAUUGUUUUGGGGCUCUGUGGACGACUUUCUUGACCAGUCCCUGAAAGGAAAGGAAAGCAAUAUCGUUGCCAGAGUGGGAGAAGUCGACUUCAUUUCUGCAGGGAGUCCCUGUCAGGGGUAUGCCUUGACUAACAACUUCAAGCAAAAUCAGACAGCACUCCGUAACUGCUCAAUGAUCGCCUCUGUGGCUGCUUUUAUUGAUCAUCUCCGGCCAAAAUAUGCUGUCCUGGAGAACGUCACCGCCAUGGCCAAAAGGAGUGAGAAGAACCCCUUGUCGCAGAUGCUUUGUGCCUUGAUUGGCAUGGGCUAUCAAGCUCGCAUACUGAAUCUGGACGCAUGGAGCUUCGGUGCACCUCAGAGCAGGUCGAGGCUAUUUAUCUUUGUGGCUGCUCCAGGCCUAAAGCUGCCAGAGCACCCUGCGCUUACUCACUCACAUCCUCCAAGGACCACGAACAGAUCACUGGGAGAGGCUGCGAACGGACUUCCAUUCGGCCGCAGAAGAUUCGAAACACCCGUCUUCGAUUUCGUCACGGCCGCAGAGGGGACAAGAGACCUUCCUCGUCUAGCUACGGCGAAGUGCAUGACAAUAUCCGACCCGGAUAUGAGGACAGCACAGAAACCAACUUGCUACGAACAAACCUUGAUUGAGCUCGUUCCAAAGGCUCCCUGGACACAAGGUCUGGAGACUUCAGUUUUGAGAGGUUGGAUGGCUAAACCACAGACUGAAGCUUUUUGCAAGAGGAGAAGGGCGUGGGCUAAAAAAGAGGCCAGUUCUUACGGCCGCGUCCAUCCAAACGGACUAUUUCCGACAAUCGUUACGAGAGUCAAUCCUGCAUGCGCAUUUACCGGGAGGAUCGUGCACUGGGAGGAAGAUAGACUGUUGACGGUCAAGGAAGCAAGACGAGCGCAAGGCAUCCCAGAUGAUGAAAUUCUCAUCGGCAGUGCCACGAAGCAGUGGAAGAUCAUAGGGAACAGCGUCGCGAGACAGGUCGCACUGUCUCUCGGAAUGACGUUGAGAGAGGCCUGUCUAGAAAACGAGCGAAUGACCGCAGCCACCUCCAAUGUCGUUACCUCCGACAAUCCCACGAAAUCUAUCAUCAACAAGUAUGAAGACAACCUCAUCGACCGCAGAGAUAGUUCAGCUCCCAUCCCAGCCUCACAAGAUGCGUUUCCGUCCGAGAAACAAUCAAGACGACGACGAAUCCUACGCUCUGAAACAUCCACCCAGGAGACGAUCCACAGGGUAACCACGACGAUAACGGACCGCUUCCUCGGAUCCGGAGAUGCCACACCGUCAAUAUUGUCGGAUUCCAGCAGUACCGUGAUCAAUUCCGAACACGAAAGCGAACGAAUGCUGGAAAGCAGUCGGAAACGUCUUCAUGAGGUUAGAGUUAGCACGUCCAGAUCUCAGAAGAGACGAAGGACGAGCAGAUAUGUUGUUUUGGACAGCGAUGACGAGCAGUGAGAUGAGAUUCGCACUCACAGUAUGACUGUCAUUUACGCAUGAUACCAUGAAUAUUUUCUGCGCAUAUUGCACAUAUGGAAUUGGCCAUUUUUUGUUCUUCUGGGAUACAUUUUGGGAUCGCGCGGCGAUUUAAACGAGCAUAUUUGGGAAUAAUCCUUCGAUAUAUGAUCUGGUCGAUCUUGAAUGAUACCCUACCGCCUCAUUUGACACUCAGAACUUAUCAUAUUCUAGAAUUCCGAAUUAGAAACACAGACUGGUCUAAUGGGUGC